CUCGUCCUCCCUGCAGAUCUGUUUCCUCUGAACCGGCCCUCUGCUGCAGAAUAUCUCCACUUCCUGUUCAACAUCUGCACACCGCUCAUUCUGCUCAAAAUGAUUGAGCGCAGCUCCCGGUCGUUGCCCCCCCUCGCCGUACACCUGGGCGUUAUUGCUGUUGCCAUGGGAACCAGCCUCCACCUGGUGACGGACGCCAUCACGCGACGGCUCGUGCUGAUUGGCUACCAGCUGCACCUGUCCGUCAGAGAUAACCCAAUCAUGGAGGAGCUCCGCCCCCCCGCCCUGAUCGAUGCUUUUGAGCUCCUCUGUUUCUUUGACGACACCAUUGGUCAUCUGAUGUG